AUGGCCACGCCGCGCGCCCCGCGGUGGCCGCCGCCACCGCUGCUGCUGCUGCUGCUGCUACCGCUGCUGCUGCUGCGGCCCGCCGCCUCUGGGGCGCAGGGCCCCCUUCCCUCCCCGGCCCACCGUACACUCCUCCCGGCCGCGGGGCCGCUUUCGCCGCCUGGCGCUGGACACACGGUCCCCGGGCCCGGCGUCGCGACCCGGCGGGGACGUUCCGGACGUGUCCCCAGAGGCGUGAGCGCGGCCACUGCAAGGAACCAUUGGCCGGAAAGAAACAACACUGAACCCCACAUGGGAUACAUCCCCGUUUAUCAGAGUCAGGAGGACCAUCUGGGUUCCAGAAAGGGAGUGACAGCUCAGACUGCCAGAAUGAGUCACAGUUCCUCAGAAGCCCCAGAAAACCCCUCUCUCCUCGCUGAAACAAGUGCUGAGUGGAGGACCAUGUCUUCCGGCAGAGCAGACAUCGCGGCUCUGCACCUCGGAUCCUCGCCCAAGAUCGCCACGGCGCGGACCGCCCCCAGCAGCUUGUCCUCCUUGGAAAACCUUCCCCAGCCACACAGCAGUUCCAGGUCCCAAAGAAGAAUCCCCUCUUCUCAAACAGAGAGUGAAACAUCCCCAGGCUUCCUGGAGAGGACCGGGCAAGAAGGGACUGUGCACACACAAGUGGCUGGCACCUGGGUUUCCAGCCGCGCCUCCGUUCCUGCUCUGGAAACUGGGGAGCCAAGUGUAGUCUCCCAGAAGAGAGAUUCAUCUGGCCAGGAAUACUCCGGGCCACCAUUCUCCUGGACCCAGAGUCACCCUCCUCCGUCAGACCACCCCUCGUCUCCGGAAGAUGGUGCGUUGCUAAGCGACAGCUCCGCUCUGGCAGACAGCACUUUGGGGGCGCGCGCACCUCACACAUCAGCAAUGUUCACCCGGAGCGGGGAGCGCACGCAGCGGUCCCUUGACCUCUCGCGUGCAGCGACCCGCUCUGCGCGCCCCACUCCACGCGGGAACGUGACGGAGCACGCUGGCCUGCUAUCCGGGCCACCAACCCUCGGAGUCACCGGACUUAGCUACACUCAAGAGCAUGGCUCAGACGCUGGACAAAGGACCUCCAGCGACCACACAGACCAUGCCUAUGUUCCGUCUACUUUCACCAAAGGAGAACGGACGCUGCUGUCCAUUACAGAUAACACUUCCUACUCGGAGGCCGGCGAGAGCUCAACCUCUUCCAUUAGGAUCUCAGGCUCUACACACUUGGACUCUCCUUCUCAGGCUCAGCCUGAGCAAAGUAGCCAGUCCUCCUACCAUGGUGGGCCUGCUCAGUCUUCCACCGAGUCACCGGUUCUGCCUACGUCCAGCCUUCCACCCCACAUACCCACCGUUAAUAUGCCAAACACCUCGGUUCUCGAUACCAGCACCGAACCUGUUGAGGACCCAUCUGAUUCAGGGGUGCCUUCGAUGCCGCCCUCACCGUCACAGCCCCAGCCGUUCUCAUCAGCCUUACCGUCAACCGGGUCUCCCAUACAGCAGCUAAAGUCUACCUCUGAGACAGCCACGUCCUCACCGUCAGCUUCACCGGCCUCCUUAAUGGUGUCGACUCUCGUCCCAUAUCCUGUCUCACAGACAACUUUCCCACAUCCGUCUUCCACCCUAGUCCCUCACCAGGCAAGAGAGCCACGUGUGACUUCAGUCCAAAUGUCAACGACGGUAUCAGCCGUUGGGUUGAUCCCCAGCAACCAAACCGCAGACCCCAGGAACCAGAGCACCCCACAGCAAGAGAAACCCAUCACAGAAGCUAAGUCACCAAGCUUGGUGUCUCCGCCCAUAGACUCUACCAGAGCAGUAACAGUGAGCCUUCCUCCAGGGGCCCCUGGGUCCCCAGCCUUAACAGGGUUCUCCACAGAGCCAGCCCUUCCAGCCACAAGCACCAGCUUAGCCCAGAGGUCUCCAGCUUUGACAUCCACCAUGUCCCAGACUACUACUAACUCUCCUGUGACCAGUCCCAGCACCCCGUCACGUGUAGAAGCUUUGACCCCAGAUCCUGUAGCUGUGCACACUACCCCAAAGGAACAACACCUCCCAACCAACCCUGAAAUUCUAGUGCCACAAAUCUCAACUAAAGGGGCCAUCACCACAGAAGGGAACCAGGGUUAUACGGAUCCUACCACUCACUCAAUCCCUCUGACCACGUCAAUCAGACUAACAGAGGAAAUGACCACGGAGAUUGGCCAUGCGGAAGAGUCCAGCCCGGUCUCACAUUUCCUUAGACCGUCUUCACCUCAGACCACAGAUGUUUCCACAGCUGAAAUGUUGACUUUCAAAUAUACCACCUUUGCUGCUCAGAGCACCCCGCAGUCACCAACAGCACUGUCACCUCUAACCCCAGUCCACAGCUGUCCCGUGAACCCUUGUCUUCACGACGGCAAAUGCAUUGUGGACCUCGCCGGUCGUGGGUAUCGAUGUGUGUGCCCGCCUGCCUGGCAAGGGGAGAACUGCAGCGUGGAUGUGAACGAAUGCCACUCCAGCCCCUGCCCUCCCCUGGCCGUGUGCAACAAUACUCAGGGAUCUUUCACCUGCAGAUGCCCAGUCGGGUACCAGUUGGAGAAAGGGAUAUGCAGUCUGGUUAGAACCUUUGUGACCGAGUUUAAGUUAAAGAAGACUUUUCUCAAUACUACUGCAGAAAACCAUUCCAGCACUCACGAGCUUGAAAAGGAGCUCGCUCAAACAUUGAACGUAUGUUUUUCAACAUUGCCUGGUUAUAUCCGAACUACAGUCCGGGCAUCUAGAGAGCCCAGUACAGUGGUCAUCUCACUACAAACCACCUUUGUCCUGGCCUCCAAUGUGACGCUGUUUGACCUGGCUGACAGGAUCCAGAAAUACGUCAACUCCUGCAGGUCCUCUGCUGAAGUCUGCCAGCUCUUGGGGUCUCAGAGGCGGGUCUUUCGAGCGGGCAGCUUGUGCAAGCGGAAGAGUCCAGAAUGUGACAAAGAGACCUCCAUCUGCACCGACCUGGAUGGCGUCGCACUGUGUCAGUGCAAAUCUGGAUACUUUCAGUUCAACAAGAUGGAUCACUCUUGCCGAGCCUGUGAAGAUGGAUAUAGGCUUGAAAAUGAAACCUGUAUGAGUUGCCCAUUCGGCCUUGGUGGUCUCAACUGUGGAAACCCCUAUCAGCUCAUCACCGUGGUGAUCGCAGCGGCAGGAGGUGGCCUCCUGCUCAUCCUGGGCCUUGCACUCAUUGUUACCUGUUGCAGAAAGAGUAAAAAUGACAUAAGUAAACUCAUCUUCAAAAGUGGGGACUUCCAAAUGUCCCCCGCCGAGUACCCCAAGAAUCCUCGCUCACAAGAGUGGGGCCGGGAAGCCAUUGAGAUGCACGAGAACGGAAGCACCAAAAACCUCCUGCAGAUGACAGACGUGUACUACUCGCCCACAAACGUAAGGAACCCUGAACUUGAACGCAACGGACUGUACCCAGCCUACACUGGAUUGCCCGGAUCAAGGCACUCUUGCAUUUUCCCAGGACAGUAUAACCCAUCUUUCAUCAGCGACGAGAGCAGGAGGAGAGACUACUUCUGAUUCCAGGAGACAGGGGGGGUCCCCCGUUUCUCUGAGCCACUUCCCGGGAUGUCUGGCUUGGAGGACUAUACCGGAAGGGAGCACCAUGCACUAG